AUGAGGCCCUGUUUUGUGGGUAAUCUCACGUGCCUAAAAAUAUUAAGCAUAGGGAGCGGAAUUAGUUUGCAAUAUCUGCAGUUGGAUUCCUGUACGGCCUUAGAAGAUUUGGAAAUUAAAUGUUGUGAACAGCUUGUCGCAUUAGAGGGCAUGCAAUCACUUGGAACCCUCAGGUCUUUGGUAUUACAUAAGAACUCAAUAUUGAAAUCUCUACAGUUGUAUUCCUGCACCUCCCUGGAACGUUUGGAAAUUGAUUGGUGUAGUUCACUCGUCGCACUAGAGGGCUUGCGAUCCCUCGUGAGCCUCAAGCAUGUGGUAUUAUUUAGGUCCGCUGCCUUGGAUUCCCUUGCAACAUUGGAGAGUUUCGAGCAAAUUGAGGGAAUCCCAAGUCAUAGUUAUGAGUUAUUCUUCCCUGCACUGGAAAGUCUCAAGAUCGAUGACUUGUCUCUCCUUAACACGUCAUUCUGCAAGGGCCUCAUCUGCCUCCGAAGCCUAAAGCUUACGUUUUUAAAUGCAACUAAACUAAUAGAUGAGCAAGAGAGAGCGCUUCUGCUCCUCGGGUCCCUGCAAGAGCUCUGCUUUGUCGAUUGUGACGAUCUCGUAGAUCUUCCUGCGGGGCUGCGGGGCCUCCCUUGCCUCAAGGCCUUGAAGAUCAUAGGUUGUAUUAGCAUCUCAGGGCUUCCGAAGGAGGGCCUCCCACUUUCGCUGGAAGAACUGAUGAUCUUCCGUUGCAGUGCCGAGUUAUCAAAACAAUGCAGAUUGCUAGCAACAAACAAACUAGAGGUCGAGAUUGAUGGGGACUUUGUGGACUGA